AUGGCUUUGUCGGAACUCUAUACGAAGUACAACAGAGUGUGGAUACCGGAUGCAGAGCAUGUCUGGAAGUCAGCAGAGAUUCUGAGAGACUUCAAACCUGGAGAUGAGGCUUUAGAACUGCAGCUUGACGAUGGCACUGAGAUGGUGUACCCCCUGGACAAAUCCAGUCCUCAGCUCCCUCACCUCCGCAACCCCGAUAUCCUGGUGGGAGAGAAUGAUCUGACAGCUCUCAGCUAUCUCCACGAGCCUGCCGUACUACACAAUCUCAAAGUGCGCUUCGUGGAGUCCAACAUUAUCUACAGCUACUGUGGAAUCAUCCUGGUGGCUGUUAACCCAUACAAGCAGCUUCACAUCUAUGGAGAUGCAGUCCUUCAGGCGUACUCUGGACAGAACAUGGGAGCUAUGGAUCCUCACAUAUUCGCUGUGGCAGAGGAGGCUUACAAACAGAUGGCCAGGAACAAUAAGAACCAGUCUGUUAUAGUGAGUGGUGAGUCUGGAGCGGGGAAGACCGUGUCUGCUAGGUAUGUCAUGAGGUACUUCGCUAUGGUCAGCAAGUCUAGCAGCAAAACACACGUGGAAGACAAAGUUCUGGCAUCCAAUCCAAUAACUGAGGCUAUUGGAAAUGCCAAGACGACCAGGAACGACAACAGCAGUCGCUUUGGGAAGUACACAGAGAUCAGCUUCGACAGGAGAUAUCAGAUCAUCGGUGCCAACAUGCGGACGUAUCUCAUGGAGAAAUCUAGAGUGGUUUCCCAGUCAGAGAACGAGAGAAACUACCACAUCUUCUACCAGAUGUGUGCCUGUGCAGAGCAGUCUGAGUUCAAGAGCCUGAGAUUGUUGAGUGCAGAUGAGUUCAGGUACACCUGCAUGGGCGGGGAGACGGGUAUCGAGGGGGUGGACGACAGGAAGGACAUGGAAGAGACACGCAGGACCUUCUCGCUGUUGGGGUUAACGGAGGACUUCCAGUCGGAUGUGUUCAAGGUGCUGGCUGGGAUUCUACACCUGGGGAAUGUGGAGAUCAGAAACGUCGGAUCAGACAGAUCAUCAGUUAGUUCCAGUGAUCAACACCUAGCUGCUUUCUGUGACCUUCUCGGGGUCAGUCCUGAUGGUGUUACCCGUUGGCUGUGUCAUCGCAGGAUAGCCAUGGUGGCUGAGACGGUGGUGAAGGCGGUGCCCAGUGAACGCGCUGUGAACUCCAGAGAUGCCCUCGCCAAGCAGAUCUAUGCCCACCUGUUCGACUGCGUCAUCCAGAAGAUCAAUGCAGCCCUGCAGGUGCCAGGGAAACAGCACUCCUUCAUAGGAGUACUGGACAUCUAUGGGUUCGAAACAUUUGAAAUCAACAGUUUUGAACAGUUUUGCAUCAACUAUGCCAAUGAGAAGCUUCAGCAACAAUUCAACUUGCACGUGUUCAAGCUGGAGCAGGACGAGUACAUGAAAGAGGAUAUUCCCUGGACUCUGAUAGACUUCUAUGAUAACCAGCCGGUCAUUGACCUGAUUGAAGCGAAGAUGGGAAUCCUGGACCUGCUGGAUGAAGAAUGUCUGUUCCCCCAGGGUACAGAUCAGAACUGGCUUCAGAAGCUGUAUAACUACCUGGUUGACAACCCUCUGUUUGAGAAGCCCAGGAUGUCCAACAAGGCCUUCAUCAUUCAACAUUUUGCUGACAAGGUAGAAUAUCAAUGCCGGGGUUUUCUAGAGAAGAACAGAGACACAUUGUAUGAAGAGCUGGUGGAUACCAUGAGAACCAGUAAGUUUCCUCUCCUGGCCAACUUCUUCCUGGAGGUGGAGCCAGAUGGGUUGGGCACUAAAGGCAUCAAAGUGAGGCCUGCACGGCCUCGGGUGAAACCAGCCAAUAAAAACACAGGACCACUGUGGGAGAGAAGGUAUGACUCCAAGCGGGUGGUCCAGCAGCUGAGGGCGUGUGGAGUCCUGGAGACCAUUCACAUCAGUGCUCAGAGCUACCCUUCCAGGUGGACAUACAUAGAGUUCUACAGCCGGUACAGUGUACUGAUGAGUCAAGAGGAGCUGGGCCUCAACCACAAGAAACUGGCCUGUAAGACAGUGCUGCAGAGGCUAAUUCAGGACUCAGAUCAGAACAAGUUUGGCCGGACCAAGAUUUUCUUCCGAGCGGGUCAGGUGGCCUACCUGGAGAAGCUUCGAUUGGACCGUCUCCGAAAGGCAUGUCUGACCAUCCAGAAGCACGUGAGGGGGUGGAGCCACAGGAGGAAGUUCCUUCGCAUGAGGGAGGCGGCUAUCGUCCUCCAACAGUACGUCCGUGGACAGCGGCAGAUAUGUAAAACGGUGACGGCUGCAGUGUUGAAGCAGGGCUGGGCUUCUGUGGUCAUUCAGAGGUACUGGAGAAGUUAUCUGACCCGACAGAUCUAUAGAAUGGUCCAUUCCUCCUCUAUCAUCAUCCAAGCCUUCACUAGAGGCUGGAUCGCCAGGAAACGCUACAAAAAGAUGGUGGAGGUGCAGAAAGCGUUGAUCUUACAGAAGUAUGCCCGGGCGUGGCUCGCCAGGAGACGCUUCCAGAGCCUGCGCCGCCUGGUACACAACGUACAGCUCUCCUACAGGUGCCAGAAGCUCGGGAAGAAACUGGAAGAUCAGGCCAAAGAGAACCGUGGGCUGUUGGAGAGGCUGACAGGUCUGGCCGGUGCUCACGCCCAAGGUCUAGACAAGCUGCGCUGUCUGGAGGCCCAGCUGGGGAAAUCAGCCACUGAGAAGGCUUCGCUAGAGGAGCGAGAGAAGAAGAGCAAGGAGGAUGCCAUGAAGACGAUAGCUCAGCUUCAAGAGGAAAAAGACAAAUUAAUCGUUGAAAGGCAGAACUUGGAAAAGAAGUGUGCAGAUUCAACAACAGAGAUGAAAGACAGAUUUGAUCAAAUCAAGACAACUCUGAAAGAAGAUUUGGAACGAGAAGAAAGAUUGAGGAAGAUUGCAGAGAACAACCUUGACCUGCAGAAGGAGGACCAUAAGAAGGAGGUGGAGGUUCUGAGGAAGGAAAACAGGAGGCUGAAGGAGGAGAUAGUUGGCCUACAGAGACAGACAGAGGAGGAGGCGCAGGUUAACACUGAUCUACAGGACCAGGUCAUACAGCUCACCAGGCACGUCAAGGUGAUACCCGAGUUACGUAAAGAUCUUCACAACCUGCAGACCCAGAGAGAUGAUCUGGGCAGGAAGAUGAAGAAUCAGUCAGAACAGGCCAGAGCCAAGAUGAGUGUGAUCACAAGACAACUUCUUUGUGGCAUGGUUGAAGAGGAGGUCAUUUCCAGGUUGACCUCCGACAGUCCAGACCAGAUCUAUGAAGUUGGGAAUUUGUCGACUGCAUUUGAUGGACUGCAGAAAGCUUGCAGAGUGCUGGAGAGACACCAGCAGGAACAGAAGGAGGGUUAUGAAAGUCAGAUGGAGGCGCUGACGUUCAAGGUGGAACACCUGCAGAACCAAAACAAUCAGCUGCAGAAACUGUUCCGGGAGAAACGUCUGUCAACGACAGCAACAGUCAAGAGGUGGCCAGGCUCAACACUGAAAACAUGGUCAUACCUGAUGACUUACAUUAAAGUGAAUGCAUACAUCUUCAGUAUGUUUGUGAUCCCUGAGGAGGUGAAGAGAGAGAAGGAGGAGGUGAAGAGGGAGAAGGUGGAGAUGGAGAGGGAGAAGGUGGAGAUGGAGGAGGUGCUCAGGAAGCAGAAGAACACAGAGAACGAGGCCAAGGCCAGAUUCAGUCAGGAGGCAUCACGACUCACUGCAGAGAACAUGGACUUUGAAGAGCAGCUCGACAUGAAGGACAGGUUGAUAAGGAAGCUGCGAAACCAAAUCAAGAGCCUUCAAACAUCCGAGGAAGCCAAUCAAACACCAGCGCCCACUAUUACCAACGAAUACCUUGGCAUGUUGGAAUACAAGAGGGAGGAUGAAGCCAAGCUCAUUCAAUACGUCAUUCUGGACCUGAAGCCCAGAGGGGUUAACAUGAUCCCCAACAUGGCUGCUCAGCUUCUCUUCAUGUGUGUCCGUCACGCUGACUACCUUAACGAUGGAGCCAAGCUCAAGUCUCUCAUGAACGCCAUCAUCUGUGGGGUUAAAAAGGUCAUCACGGAUCACCGAGAAGACUUUGAGUUGCUAUCGUUCUGGCUGUCCAACACGUAUCACAUUCUCAGCUGCCUGAAGCAGUACAGUGGAGAAGAGGAGUUUAUGAAACAGAACUCUCCGCGUCAGAAGAAAAACUGCUUGCAGAACUUUGACUUGUCUGAACACAGACAGAUCUUCAGUGAUCUGGCCAUCCGUAUCUACCACCAGUUUAUAUCUGUUAUGGAGAAGACUCUUAUACCUAUGAUCGUUCCCUGUAUGCUGGAGCACGAGAGUCUCCAGGACGUCUCUAGUAUGAAGCCUACAGGUUUCCGUAAGCGUUCCAGCAGCAUCUAUGAGGACCAGGAGGUCUGCACCAUCUACUCUCUCAUCCAGCAGCUCAGUCUGUACCACAGCACUAUGAGUCAGCACGGCAUGGAGGAGGGGCUGGUCAGACAGGCUGUGAAACAGACCUUCUUCCUGGUGGGUGCGGACACACUCAACAACAUCCUGCUACGCAAAGACAUGUGCUCCUGUAGGAAGGGCAUGCAGAUCAGGUGUAACAUCAGUCACCUGGAGGCGUGGCUAAAGGAGAAGGACCUAGUACAGGGUACCAUGGCUACUCUGAAGCCUCUGUGUCAGGCUGCCUGGCUGCUGCAGGUCAACAAGACCACUGAUGACGACAUCAAAGACAUCACAGAGCAAUGCUCAGAACUCAGCCCUGUACAGAUUGUCAAGAUUUUGAACUCUUACACGCCCAAUGAUGAUUUUGAGAAAAGGGUGGCACCAUCGUUCGUCCGCAAAAUUCAGGGCUUGCUCCAAGACCGUGAGGGGGGAUCCUCCCAGCUGAUGCUGGAUACCCAGUAUCGUUUCCAAGUCACCUUCCCCUUCACCCCGUCCUCUCAGGCCCUGGAGCUACUGGAGAUACCAUCCAGCCUCAGACUGGGCUUCCUCACCAGGAUCUAACCCCUGACCUCUGACCCAUUCACCCCGUGAAUCUCAGGCCCUGGAGCUACUGCAGAUACCAUCCAGCCUCAGACUGGGCUUCCUCACCAGGAUCUAACCUCUAACCCCUGACCUCUGACCCCUUCACCCUGUCCUCUCAGGCCCUGGAGCUACAGCAGAUACCAUCCAGCCUCAGACUGGGCUUCCUCACCAGGAUCUAACUUCUAACCCCUGACCCCUGACCCAUUCACCCCGUGAAUCUCAGGGCCUGGAGCUACUGCGGAUACCAUCCAGCCUCAGACUGGGCUUCCUCACCAGGAUCUAACCUCUAACCCCUGACCCAUUCACCCCGUGAAUCUCAGGCCCUGGAGCUACUACAGAUACCAUCCAGCCUCAGACUGGGCUUCCUCACCAGGAUCUAACCUCUAAACCCUGACCCCUUCACCCUGUCCUCUCAGGCCCUGGAGCUACUGCAGAUACCAUCCAGCCUCAGACUGGGCUUCCUCACCAGGAUCUAACCUCUAACCUCUGACCCAUUCACCCCGUGAAUCUCAGGCCCUGGAGCUACUACAGAUACCAUCCAGCCUCAGACUGGGCUUCCUCACCAGGAUCUAACCUCUAACCCCUGACCCCUUCACCCUGUCCUCUCAGGCCCUGGAGCUACUGCAGAUACCAUCCAGUCUCAGACUGGGCUUCCUCACCAGGAUCUAACCUCUAACCCCUGACCCAUUCACCCCGUGAAUCUCAGGCCCUGGAGCUACUACAGAUACCAUCCUGCCUCAGACUGGGCUUCCUCACCAGGACCUAACCUCUAACCCCUGACCCCUUCACCCUGUCCUCUCAGGCCCUGGAGCUACUGCAGAUACCAUCCAGCCUCAGACUGGGCUUCCUCACCAGGAUCUAACCUCUAACCCCUGACCCAUUCACCCCGUGAAUCUCAGGCCCUGGAGCUACUGCAGAUACCAUCCAGCCUCAGACUGGGCUUCCUCACCAGGACCUAACCUCUGACCCCUGACUAGAGAAGCGGUCCAGUAACCUAAAGGUGGCUGGUUUUUAAUCCCAGUGAUGACAGGGGAAAAGCUGUCAGAAGAGGAAGUUGCCGCUUUCUACUGGAGUCUCAGGUGGUUCCGACUGCCAUUGUGUCCUUGAGCAAGGCACUCCUAACCAAUCAGUCAAUCAAUCAAAUGUAUUUAUGAAGCUCUUUUUACAUCAGCCGAUGUCACAAAGUGCUGUACAGAAACCCAGCCUAAAACCCCCAAACAGCAAAAGCAAUGCAGAUGUAGAAGCACGGUGGCUCCAGGGACGCUGCUCUAAAAACCAACCUUUUACAAUCAUCACAGUAAUUAUGGAUCCAAAUACAGUUUGAUAGAAAUAUUAAGAUGACUCCUGACGAAUGUCCGAUGUACAGCAAAAAUGCAGAUGCUGUUGCGGAGUGAUAUUCUAAAGCUUGGUAGUAUAACGAGAAACCUUACUUUCUCGAUGACGAAUGUGAACUGUGUCGUUUUUUAAAAUAUUGUUUGUGUAAAUUGAGAAUGUGACCACUCAAUGUUAUUGAGUAUCAUGCACAGUAAAUAAAACAUGGCUUGUUUUUUGUUUUUAAGAUACUUUUUUUGGGGGGGGGGGGGGUUUAUGCCACAUAUAAGUAUUUCAUAUUUAAAGUAUAAAAUGUGCCUAAAAUUAAUUAAAUGAAUAAAAUAUUGUAUUAGUUGAUAA